ACGGGGACAAACGUGUAAUCCCAGUCGAGUGCAGAAUCGGACAAUGGAACGUAAAUAGGGACGAUUUCACCUUUAAAUAUCUGAAACUAUUUUAAAUCUUCUACAAUAUGUCGAAACUUUCUAAAAAUAGCCGGGAACCUGUUUGGAACGUUAUGAUUUCAUUCAGUCCAGUGUAGAAAUUAGCACCAGAGCCUCGGGUGAGAGGGCCAUUGUUGUCCGUCCCAGGUAGAGCGAAGGUAAAAUGACGGUCCUGUGUUUCAGUAGAAUCGGUGGCCUCCUGCUCGUCUGCACUUUGCUACUCGUCGGCUGUUCUACGGACACAGAAGUCACAAGGCAUGUGAAAAUCCACAACAUCAAAUACAAUGUUCCUGACACGCCAUCAACAGCCUUGACUCAGUUCCCCUCGUCCUUCAACGUUCGCUUCCACCUCAACCACGUGACACAAAAGCUGAAUCUGACGAGAAAUAUUGAGAUCCACUCAGGGAUAGAGGGUUGUGAUCACCAGACGGGAAAAUGUCACUCAAGCAAAGAACAGAUGGUGUCGUUUUAUCAAGAUCUGAGCACCGGUGCAUCUUUUCAAAUCACCUGCUCCGAAAUUUCAUGUCAACGGUUCACUUUGCUAGGUACGUUUAUAUCUGAAAACUCCAUGUAUUCCAUGGAGCCUGUGAAGAGAUCGAACAAAUACAAAAUAAAGAAGUUACCCAGAGCACACCAGCUGAAGACAGACUACUACAAACCAGAUGACAUUGAUUUCGUCCCAACUAGAGGCAGACAUAAACGUGCAACGGGUCGAUACAACGUGGAACUCCUGGUAGUGACAGACUCCUCCGUAUAUAAAUACUGGCAAAACUUUCUUGGAUCUACUGCUAGUGAAAGCGAAGUGGAAAACUACUUGAAGACGUUUACUGCAUUCACUGUUAAUGGGAUGGACGUUCGGUAUCGGAGUAUAAAUGCAGCAUCUUAUGAAAUCAGGAUUGUUUACGUGGGGGUUUACAUAGCAAAGAACUCUUCACAAUCACCAUGGUCAUCCAAUUAUGUCCAGUCUGACAGAAGACUGGACGCGGACCAGGCCCUUAAUGCCUUCAGUAACUGGGUAGACACCAACAAGAAUAUACUACCUAAACACGACCACGCCAUGGCUUUUACAGAGCACAACCUCAUAAAAGGUUUAGGUACCCUCAACAAUGAUAUAGCAGGAUAUGCUUUCCAAGGACUGAUAUGCAAAUCAAGAAGCCAGUCAAUUGUAGAGGAAAAUUUUAACUUCAUAUCCCAUACGGUCGCAGCACAUGAAUUGGGACACAGUCUGGGGGCCAAACACGACGGCACUGAAAACAGCUGUAACCUGAGAGACUAUUACAUCAUGGAGGCGGUUAGUACCGCUGUCAGUGGAGGCAAGACUACACACCCCUGGCUGUUUUCUACUUGCUCCGUGCAGGAAAUUAAUGCCCUUCUAACCAGUAUAGAUUCAAGUAAUAACUGUCUGAAGAGAAUUGACUACACCGGGACAGGGGGUAGUCUGGCAAGUUAUAUUAGCAGGCAGAUAGGGCAGCAAUUCUCCGUCCAUGAUCAAUGUGUGUACGCCAUGAAGAGUCCAAAUUCAUACGCUUGUUUAAACAAUUUUAAUGGCGAUUUUUCAUCCAUCUGCACUGGUCUGUGGUGUUUCAACCCCGAUACUGGCAACUCUUGUGACCUGGUCGUGCCACUAGAUUAUACAACAUGUGGCUCAAGGAAAUGGUGCCAUGACGGAAUUUGCGAGUCGGACGCUGCAGCUCCAAAUAAUCCAGAGACCUGUCUGUUUGGGAAUUUUUUCACAUCAAACUGUUCCGGGAUCAGCUCCAAUCCAUCUUUGUGUUACGUUGGUUAUGCAGUAGGAUGUUGCCAAAGUUGUAAGGACGUCAGCUCUGGUGUUGCAGGAUGUGAAUAUGGAGACAGACAGGAUGUGUGUAGCAGUAUCACCAGCGGGGCACCUUGCUACAGUAGCAACACGGAUGUGCAAUGCUGUGCCACUUGUGCUAAAUUUAGAACACAGAUCCCUUCCUGUGAGUAUGGGGACUUGAGGAACUGCUCAGCCCUGACAUACCCUGGGGACUGUUAUGGGUCUCUCUCUGAUGGAAGUGCUGCACGGACUUCCUGUUGUCAAACCUGUAACAACUACGAAACCGGAAAUCAAGAUUGCAUGUACGGAGACCGGGUUCUAGACUGCCGGGUCAGUGAGUGCGCUACCUAUGCCACCGCAGGUAUCCUCAAGGACUGUUGUGAGACGUGUAAAUCCUAUAUCGUGUCUACACCAGCUCCCAAUUCUAACAGUACUGCGCUACCUAGUUGGGUUAUACCGGCGGCUGCGGGUGCUGGUGGAGGUCUGUUGGUCAUCAUCAUAAUUGUUGUUGCUUGUUGCUGUUGUCGCAAAAGUCCAAGUGAAGAGGCUGCAUUGAAAUAUCAGCCUCAAAUGAAGAGCAGUGUUCCAAGGCAGCCGAAUCCCCGCUACAAAAGUGAAAUUCGACAACCAAAUGGGACGGAAUACAUGGGCCCUAUCAGUGCUGGGGACAAUACACACAUGUACGAGCGCCCACUUCCAAGUAGGCCUGUUCAGCAGCAGAUGUCAGGGCCAAGUCGUCAGAUGUCUACAAAAUCCAAUGUCUACAUGGAGUUGGAGCCUGAUCCCAACUUCCCUGUCAGUGUCAGCUCAGGAUAUGUUGUCUCCAGUACGCACCUUACUCCGAUUCCUCCAACAUUUCCACAAUAACCUCAAAUUGUUAACUGUCAAGGAGUCCUGAAUCGUAGAUAAACUUUAAAAACUCCACAGAUUCUCAUUAUUGUGUUUCUGAAGUGCUUGCUUUGAUGUAUCUUUAUUUUGUAUUGCAGGUAAUCAACAAUAUACCAAUGCUGGAUAUUCCAAAUAGUAAAUUCUAACCAGAAUUUCCAACCUCCCAGUGCUGGAUAUUCUAAAUAGUAAAUUCUAACAAAAAUGUCCAACCUACCAAUGCUGGAUAUUCUAAAUAGUAAAUUCUAACAAAAAUGUCCAACCUACCAGUGCUCGAUAUUCUAAAUAGUAAAUUCUAACAAAAAUGUCCAACCUACCAAUGCUGGAUAUUCUAAAUAGUAAAUUCUAACAAACAUUUCCAACCAGAACGUUGUUGAUCUUCACCGUUUCAUUAUAACCAAACAUUUUCAGUACAUGUAGACCCCUGCAUAUUAACUGUUACUCGUUUAUUUUAACCAAGUUCUUUGUUUAUUUACAUGCCUUACCUGUGAUUGUGAUCAAUCAAAUGGUUUAUUGAAUAGACCAAAAUCCAAACAAGGGAGUAUUUUUACCGGAUUUGUACAAUGUAUUAUAUAGCUUUACAUUUUUCUAAGGUACUACAAUAUUGAUGUCAGUUGAUUAUAAUAUCUUUACAAAUUAUGAUAGGCAUUUUCUCAUGAACAUGCUGCAGUUGUUAACAUUAGGCGUAUGAAUCUCAAUAAAUGUAAUUCGUCUAUUUUAAUUACUGGGAACUCCAAAAAAAAUGAAAGUGGAAUGUAAAGAUAGAAAUAAAUUUCCUCUUUGAAAAUACAGGUUAUGAACUGCGCUAAUGCACUUCAUAAAGUAUACUGGUGUGGGGCAUCACAAUUCAGUUCCUCAUAUACGAGUAUUUUCAAAAAUGAAAUUAAUUUCGUAAGGGUACAUGAAUUAGCAUCAUUAUUUCUAUUUGAUGUACAGCUGUUACCUAUACUAGGAUUUUUAUCCAGUGCAUUUUCUUUUGUAUACAUGUACCAGCAUAAACAAUUGUGUUCACUUGUUAACAAACUAUAUCUGUGCUCAAUGCCAAUAAAAUCAAAAGAAAACAGAAA